CUCUCCUUCUCCAACCCUAUCUCUCCCAUCGAACCACCUCCUCAAUUACAACUAAUAGCCUCUCUCCAGCUCCAGCAACUCAUCACAAUGGCCCGUCAACGUGGUGGAUCCGCUCCCCGCCGCCCAACAGCAGCGCCCCCCAAACCCGCUGCCCGUGCCCCUGCUGCACCACCAGCCCGUCAAUCUUCCACGGCUGCGGCUCCAACACAGCAGCAACAUGCUCCUCCGGCGCAAUCUGCUGCGCCGCAACAGGCGAGUCAAGGCCCGGGGUUGUUUGCCAAUAUGGCCAGUACGGCUGCCGGUGUCGCAGUAGGUUCCUCGAUCGGGCACGCCAUCGGCGGCUUCUUCAGCGGUGGCUCCAGUUCCGCUCCCGCUGAGCAACAAUCCGCAUCCACCGAAUUCGCACAACAGCACCAGGAAACCAGCACCCAGAACGCCACCGGGGCUUGCGCGACGGAUAUUAACAACUUCCGCAAGUGCAUGGAUGAGAACCAGGGCAGCUUGACCAUUUGCGGGUGGUAUUUGGAUCAGCUGAAGGCCUGUCAGCAGGCUGCUGGGCAGUACUAGAGAGAUUUGAGGAGAUGGGAUGGGGGAGGGAAAGGGCGGAUUUGGUGGCGGUGGACAGAUGAGUGGCGGGCGACGAAAUUCUGCAUUAGCAUCUGCAUAUUUGGAUGGACGGAUUUUCAUCAAAGUCAUCAAAGUGGUCUACACUAAAGUACAUAUCGACAAUAGUAUCGAAUCACCACUUCCAACCAACA